UUUGUGGUGCUUAAAACUACUAUAAAUAUUGUAACAUCACUGUUUUUUUCUAUUCUAAUGUAUAAUUUAACUAUUUAUAACAAUGAGGAUGAGUUAUUAUAAAAUUGUAUCUUAAAUGUACAACUCAUAUCGUAUAUAAUUAAAAAUAAAGAAGAGGAGUAUAUGUAAAAUAAAUAAAUAGUUAUGGGCAGCCCCGAACGAGAACUCUGUCCACCGCCAUCUGAAGAAGAUGAACUAACACUGCCAAGAGCAAGUAUUAACAAAAUGAUUAAGGAACUAGUCCCCUCAGUAAGAGUUGCUUUUGAAUCAAGAGAAUUAAUUUUAAACUGCUGCACUGAAUUCAUUCAUCUAAUAAGUUCUGAAGCGAAUGAAGUAUGUAACCAAAGCAAUAAAAAAACAAUAAAUGCAGAACAUGUACUUACUGCCUUAGACAAGCUAGGUUUCAGUGAUUACACAGUAGAAGCAGAAGCUGUAUUAAAAGAUUGCAAAGCCGUUGCCGCUAAACGAAGAAGGCAGAGUACUAGGCUAGAAAAUCUUGGUAUUCCUGAAGAAGAAUUGUUGAGACAACAACAAGAACUUUUUGCUAAGGCUCGUGAAGAACAAGCUAAGCAAGAACAACAGCAAUGGCUAUUAUUGCAGCAACAGGGCCUUGUGGGGCCUGAAGGCGCUCCACAAACAUAUAUACCACCAUUGGUUCCAAAGCAAGAUGAUGAAGAUGAUGACUACUCAUAGCUGACUUAGACAUUAAGAAAAACUGAUUGAAAUAAAUGACAUUUGUUUGAAAAUAAACUAAUUCAUUUUCUAUAGUUAGAAAAACAGAAUUGCUACUUAAUAUUAUUUUAUUAUCUGUAGUAAACAAAAAAUCCAGUUAACAUUUCUACUUACUUUAUUCUUUCUGUUGUCAUUUACCCAAAAAAUGAAUUUGAUUAAUUUCACUUAGUAAAUUGAAAUACAUAUUUAAUUCUAAUAUGUGUUUAAUGUGUUGGGGAUAAUAUGUCCUGCACUAAACAUUAUUUCCAAUAAUAUUUGUAAGCCUACCCAAUCUUUAAAAUGAACAGUAAAUACCAACAGAAAAAGAGAACAAAAAAGCCAAAACACCCUAACUACUCAAGAGCAUCACUGGAGAAUGUUAACAUAUUAGAUGAUUCGUUACAAUAUUCGCGGCGAUGCGCUCUUGUAGCUAAAGAUUCCGAAUGGAUAGACAAUUUAAAAACUUCAAAUAACACAAACUUAACCAAUUGUAACACUGCUUCAGGAGAAGACAUUGCACAACCAGAAAACGAAUCUCCAAUUCAGCCAUUAACUCUUAUGUUUCCGAACUUAUUACAAGAACCGGCGGGAACCUUGGAAGCUAUAGCUAACAAAACUCUAUCCACGACAGAAGUUACCAAACAUCUUAUUGGCCACAAAGCAAACUUUGAAUUUCUGAAAAAAGUCAGCCGCUUGUUACCACCAGAAAAGGAAUGGUUGGCACAAUUAUCCGAAUGCAGUAACUCUACCGAUUCCAGUGACUUCUCGGUCAAUAACAAAUGCCUAUCCUCAGCAGGUAAACCUAUGGAUGUCGAAUUGCACUCGAAAUGUUCAUUACUAAGUAAAAGUAGCAAAAAUAUAAAUAAAUAAAUUUAUUUGGUUGAA